GAAUGAAUGUAGAAAUCCUAUAAACUGAUUAUAACAACAGCGACAUUAACGAUAUCAUGGAAUACUAGAGAGAACACCACCAAUGUGCGAACCCUAGAAACAUUCUCCAUUUUCCCUGUGAGUCUUUGGAUUCGAUCGCUGGAAAUGGAGGCUCUGAAGGAGCUCUGCGACCUGGUCGCUCAGAACCCGACCCUUUUCUCUGACAAGCUCGCGUGGUUGUGCAACCGGUGCCCCCAACCCGAGUCCCUUUUUGCCGGAUCUCCUCGGGUCUCCCGCUCUCAGCUCAAUGCUGUCCUCGCCGUCUCCCGCUUCCUCUCCAAAUGCUCCGAUUUCUCCGAUCCCCGACCAAAAUCCGUCGUCCUCGGGUUCCUCCGCUCCGUUCCCUUCUCGUUUGCGGGGUCUUUUUGGCCUCAAUCCUUCACCACAGACUCGAUCGCCUCCUUCUUCUGCGAUUUCCUGAGCUACAUCUCCAAUGCCGCUGAAUUGUCCUCCGAUUUUUCCACAGAGAUCGCAGGGUUCACCGGAGACGCUGUGUUAUCGGCAAUUAGUGAGAAUUCCUCGAUUGCUAGGGUUUUCUUAACAGCCUUGGCGCAGAGUUUCCUGCCCAUUUUGCCCUCCGAUGCCGAUAAAUUGGUCACUUGCCUCAUCGAUCAACUCGCGAUCCCGGUCCCAGUCCCCGGCACACCGAGAGAGCAAGUUGCAACGUCGAAUUCUGCGACUUCAUCGACGCAGAGCUCCCCGUUGAGCGCGAACCAUUACCAGCCGAAUGAGAGUGCGAGUCCCGGAAAUGAGGUGAGCCACGUGUCCGGUUCAACCUCCAGUUCGAGGGUUGGGGACGAGGCCACGAGUGCGACGUCAUCGAGGGGUUCGAUGGUGAUGAAUGGGGGAAGCAUCGUCUGGAAGAGUGGGGUCGAUCAGUUGGCUCUGAAUCUGGGGUUCAAUGAUGGGGGUGGAGGUGAAGCUACGUUUAGGCAACAGGUCGCUUCGUUCGAGGAGGAGUCCAUUGAGAGCUUGGAAAAGCAGGAGAUUGCAUUCAAACUCAUUGCGCAUGUUUUGGAUAAGGUCCAUAUUGAUUCUAGACUUUCUGAUCAGGUGAGGUUGAUUGUGAAGAAGCAGCUCCAAUCUUUAUCUUUUUUUCUGAAGAUUCGGAAGCGGGAUUGGAACGAACAGGGGGUGCUUUUGAAAGGCAGAAUCAAUACGAAGCUAUCGGCUUAUCAGGCUGCGGCUAAGUUGCAAAUUAAGAGUAUUGUGGUCCUUGACUCUGACGGAAAAUUCACUAAGAGGUUGGUGCACGAGGCAGUUGCAUUGCUGAUUGACGCGGCAGAAGCUUGUUUGCUCUCGGUAUGGCGCAAGCUGAGAUCUUGUGAAGAGCUCUUUGACUCCUUGCUCGCAGGGGUUGCACAAGUUUCUGUGGCUCGAGGAGGUCAACCACUCCGUGUUUUGCUCAUCCGCCUUAAGCCCAUUGCGCUGGCUGUCUGUGCACAGCAGGCUGAUACUUGGGGCAGCAGCCAGGGAGCUAUGUUUGAGAGUGUCAUGAAGACUAGUUGUCAGAUAAUUGAAUCUUGCUGGACCAAGGAUCGGGCUCCUGUGGACACAUAUAUCAUGGGAUUGGCUACAAGUAUACGUGAACGGAACGAUUAUGAGGAACAGGGUAAUAAGGAAAAACAGGCAAUUCCUGUAGUGCAACUCAAUGUUAUACGCUUACUAGCUGACUUAAAUGUGGCUGUAAAAAAAUCCGAAGUGGUGGACAUGAUAUUACCCCUUUUCGUUGAAAGCUUAGAAGAGGGUGAUGCCUCAACUCCUAGUUUAUUGCGACUCAGACUUCUUGAUGCUGUAUCUCGAAUUGCAAGCCUAGGGUUCGAGAAGUCCUAUCGUGAGACAGUAGUUCUGAUGACAAGAAGUUACUUAGGUAAACUCUCAAGUCUAGGAUCUGCUGAAAGCAGAACAGUUCCACCUGAAGCCACAACAGAACGCGUUGAGACUCUUCCUGCAGGAUUUCUUCUGAUUGCUAGUGGUCUUAUGAGUGUGAAACUGCGCUCAGACUAUCGUCACCGUUUGCUAUCUUUAUGCUCGGACGUAGGCCUGGCUGCUGAGUCCAAAAGUGGAAGGAGUGGAGCAGAUUUUCUGGGGCCUCUGCUUCCUGCUGUUGCUGAAAUAUGUUCCGACUUUAAUCCUACUAUAGAUGUGGAACCUUCACUUUUGAAGUUAUUUCGCAACUUGUGGUUCUAUUUUGCACUUUUUGGCUUAGCACCACCCAUACAGAAUUUUCAAGUACCAACAAAGUCAAUGUCCAGUACACUGAAUAGCGUGGGAAGCAUGGGUGCUAUUGCUCUCCAAGCUGUGGGUGGACCAUACAUGUGGAAUACACAGUGGUCUUCUUCUGUUCAGCGUAUUGCUCAAGGGACUCCUCCACUAGUUGUUAGCUCGGUGAAAUGGCUCGAAGAUGAGUUAGAACUCAAUGCUCUUCACAACCCAGGCAGUCGUCGAGGGAGUGGCAACGAGAAAGCUGCUGUGACCCAGAGGGCUGCUCUUUCUGCUGCUCUUGGAGGACGAGUUGAUGUUGCAGCAAUGAGCACAAUUUCAGGUGUAAAGGCUACCUAUCUCCUUGCAGUAGCUUUUCUAGAGAUUAUACGCUUUAACAGCAAUGGUGGCAUCCUCAAUGGUGGGACUACUGUGACUACUUCUAGAAGUGCCUUCAGUUGUGUCUUUGAAUACCUAAAAACUCCCAAUCUUAUGCCGGCUGUCUUCCAGUGUUUAACAGCAAUUGUCCACAGGGCAUUUGAAACGGCAGUAUCGUGGCUGGACGAUCGAAUAUCUGAUACAGGAGACCAAGCUGAGGUCAGAGAAUCUAUUCUAUUUGCCCAUACCUGUUUUCUUAUCAAAAGUAUGUCUCGGAGAGAGGAACACAUACGGGAUAUUGCUGUCAACCUGUUGACUCAAUUUAGAGAUAGGUUUCCACAGGUUUUAUGGAAUUCAUCUUGUCUAGAUUCUCUGCUAUUCUCAAUUCAUAACGAGUCACCUUCUGCUGUUGUCAAUGAUCCUGCUUGGAUGGUGGCAGUUCGUUCUUUGUACCAAAAGAUAGUUCGAGAAUGGAUCAUCAAAUCACUUUCAUAUGCUCCUUGUACUAGCCAGGGUCUUCUACAGGAAAAGCUUUGCAAAGCAAACACAUGGCAAAGAGCUCAGCAUACAACUGAUGUGGUUUCUCUAUUAUCUGAGAUAAGAAUUGGAACAGGUAAAAGUGAUUGCUGGACAGGCAUACAAACUGCAAACAUUCCGGCAGUUAUGGCUGCUGCUGCUGCUGCAUCAGGAGCAAACUUAAAAUUAACAGAGGCAUUUAACUUGGAGGUACUCAGUACUGGUAUAGUUAGUGCAACAGUGAAAUGCAACCAUGCUGGAGAAAUUACUGGCAUGAGAAACGCGUGUAGUACCUUUGGAUUUCAAUCAGGGGCUUCAACAGGCUUUGGGCUUGGGGCUGGUUUUCAAAGGUUGAUAUCCGGAGCAUUUCCUCAACAGUCACAGGCUGAGGAUGAUUUAUAUGAUGGGUGGUUACUUACGAACUUUGUGCGUUUACUUCAACAAUUUGUUAACACUGCAGAAAAAGGUGGGGAAUUGGACAAGUCGCAAUUUCGAAAAAUUUGUUCUCAGGCCACUGCAUUACUUCUGUCAAAUCUGGGUUCUGAUUCAAAAUCAAAUGUCGAGGGCUUCUCACAACUCCUACGUCUUCUUUGUUGGUGUCCGGCUUACAUUUCUACACCUGAUGCAAUGGAAACUGGUGUUUUCAUUUGGACGUGGUUAGUUUCUGCUGCACCUCAACUGGGAUCUUUAGUACUUGCCGAGCUUGUUGAUGCAUGGUUAUGGACAAUUGAUACAAAGCGAGGCCUUUUUGCAUCUGAAGCAAGGUGUUCAGGCCCUUCUGCAAAACUAAAGCCUCACCUUGCUCCUGGGGAGCCAGAAACACCACCUGAAAUUGAUCCUGUUGAGCAAAUAAUUGCUCAUAGACUAUGGCUUGGAUUUUUAAUUGAUCGCUUUGAGGUAGUUCGACACAACAGCAUAGAGCAACUCCUGCUCCUUGGUCGGCUGCUGCAGGGGACCACAAAAUUCCCUUGGAAUUUUUCACGCCAUCCUGCAGCCACUGGUACUUUUUUCACAGUGAUGCUUAUGGGGCUAAAGUUCUGCUCAUGCCAGUCCCAAGGCAAUCUGCAGAACUUUAAAGCAGGGCUUCAGCUUUUGGAGGAUCGAAUUUAUAGGGCCUCUUUGGGCUGGUUUGCUUAUGAGCCCGAAUGGUAUGACAUGAACAACAUGAGUUUUGCCCUUAGUGAGGCUCAAUCUGUCUCUGUAUUUGUUCAGUAUCUUUCAAAUGAGAGAGUAGAUCAGUCUGAAUCAAAAGCACGACCACGUGAAAACGGAAGUUCGUUGAUUGAUGUGAAUGAUCAGUAUCACCCUGUCUGGGGCCAGAUGGAGAACUACACAAUCGGAAGAGAAAAGAGAAAGCAGCUACUCUUAAUGCUAUGCCAGCAUGAGGCCGACAGGCUUGAAAUUUGGGCUCAACCCCUUAACUCAAAGGAAACUACCUCCCGGUCUAAAAUUAACUCAGAGAAAUGGAUUGAGUACGCUAGGACAGCUUUUUCUGUGGAUCCUCGGAUUUCCUUUUCCUUGGCAUCAAGGUUCCCAACAAACACACAUUUGAAAGCUGAAAUAACUCAACUGGUUCAGUCACAUAUAUUGGACAUCCGCUGCAUACCUGAAGCAUUGCCCUAUUUUGUCACCCCAAAGGCAGCUGAUGAGAAUUCUGCACUUCUGCAACAAUUGCCACACUGGGCUGCUUGUUCAAUUACUCAAGCUCUUGAGUUCCUCACUCCUGCUUAUAAGGGUCAUCCACGUGUUAUGGCAUAUGUGCUUAGGGUUCUGGAGUCCUAUCCUCCUGAACGAGUAACCUUCUUCAUGCCACAGCUUGUGCAGGCUCUGCGAUAUGAUGAAGAGAGGUUGGUUGAAGGAUAUUUGCUUAGAGCAGCUCAAAGGAGUGAUAUAUUUGCUCAUAUUCUGAUCUGGCAUCUACAGGGUGAAACGUGUGGACCAGAAUCAGGUAAAGAUGCUGCCGCUGGGAAGGUAUGUCCUCAUAAUAGUUCGUUUCAAGCACUGUUGCCAAGUGUUAGACAGCAUAUUAUCGAUGAAUUUUCUCCCAAAGCACUUGACAUGUUUCAAAGAGAAUUUGAUUUCUUCGACAAAGUUACAUCGAUUUCUGGCGUACUUUUUCCACUCCCCAAGGAAGAACGCCGAGCUGGUAUCCGGAGAGAGUUGGAGAAAAUUGAAGUGGAGGGAGAAGACCUCUAUUUACCAACUGCCCCGAACAAGCUUGUCAGGGGUAUUCGGGUGGAUAGUGGAAUUCCCUUGCAAUCGGCCGCAAAAGUCCCAAUAAUGAUUACAUUUAAUGUCGUAGAUCGUGAUGGCGACUACAGCAAUAUAAAGCCUCAAGCUUGCAUUUUCAAGGUUGGAGAUGAUUGUCGACAGGAUGUUCUUGCUCUUCAAGUGAUAGCACUUCUUAGAGACAUAUUUGAAGCAGUUGGACUUAAUCUCUAUCUGUUCCCUUAUGGUGUUCUCCCAACUGGCCCAGAGAGAGGCAUAAUUGAGGUUGUGCCUAAUACACGGAGCCGAAGUCAGAUGGGUGAAACAACAGAUGGUGGUUUGUUUGAGAUUUUUCAACAGGACUACGGGCCUGUAGGCUCUCCUAGUUUUGAAGCUGCGCGCCAGAACUUCAUCAUUAGCAGUGCUGGUUAUGCAGUUGCCAGUCUUUUACUUCAACCUAAGGAUAGGCACAACGGGAAUCUUCUUUUUGACAAUGAAGGGAGGCUUGUUCAUAUUGAUUUUGGAUUCAUCCUAGAAACUUCACCGGGGGGAAAUAUGCGCUUUGAAAGCGCACAUUUUAAGCUGAGCCAUGAGAUGACACAAUUACUUGACCCAUCCGGGGUCAUGAAGAGUGAAACCUGGAACCAAUUUGUGAGUUUAUGCGUGAAGGGGUACCUUGCUGCCCGUCGGUAUAUGGAUGGGAUUAUCAACACGGUUUUGUUAAUGCUAGAUAGUGGAUUACCUUGCUUCAGCAGGGGUGAUCCCAUUGGAAACCUUCGAAGGAGAUUUCAUCCUGAGAUGAGUGAGCGAGAAGCGGCCAUUUUCAUGAUGCGUGUGUGCACUGAUGCUUACAACAAGUGGACAACUGCUGGCUAUGACUUGAUUCAAUAUCUGCAGCAGGGCAUUGAGAAGUAAAAGGCUUUGAUUUAUUUAUUUUUUGUUUUUAAAUUUAUUUUUGGGUGCUCGACUUCACUUGUACAUGAUUGCAUGUAAUCCUGUCAAAUUAUCGUCACGUAGCUGCGAUUUUUCCUCGGGGAAGCCCCCUGCAAGUAGUGUUGAGGUGAGUAAUGUAAAAACGGCUGACACAGGAUUGAGGUCUCUGUAACCUAGUCGUGGGAUUCCUGCUGAGGGUUGUAAAAAUAUAGUUUGUAGUUAUUUAUUAAUGGGAGUUCGCAUUUUAGGGA